AUGAGAGCCACCCUGCUCAUGGCCCUGCUCACUUUAGCGCCCAUGCCCAGGGUGCCGGCGCUGUGGCUGGGCAGGCUGGACCCCACACAGCUCCUGGGGCCCUGGUACGUCCUGGCCGUGGCCUCGCGGGAGAAGGACUUCGCCUUGGAGAAGGAUGUGAAAGGCAUUGAGGGCGUCCUGGUGACACUCACCCCGGGCAACCGGCUGCGCCUGCAGGCAUCCCGGCACAGGCUGGAUGGCUGCUCCCGACAGGACAUGGAGCUGGUGAGGCAGACAUCGGGCUGGGUCUUUGAGAACCCCUCCCAUGGCGUGUUGGAGUAUCGUGUGCUAGGCACCAAUUUCCGAGACUUCGCAGUGGUCUUCACCCAGCUGGAGUUCGGGGACGAGGCCUUCAACACGGUGGAGCUGUACAGUCGCACGGAGACGGCCAGCCACGAGGCCCUGCGGCUCUUCAGCAAGUGGAGCAACGGCCUGGGUUUCCUGGCCCAGCAGCAGGCUCAGCUGCAGAAGGAUGUCACCUGUGCCCAGAAGCUUCUCCAGGUAGGCCCCUGCUGA